AUUAGUGUUAACUCUAUGAUAUUAUUAUAUUAACUAUAAUUAACUAUAAUAAGCUCAACCUUAAUAAAAACUAUCAACCAGCAGGAAGCAAUACUAUUUUGUUAACAAAAUAGCAACAUUAAAACAUUUCUUCAUUAUAAUCAAUGUUAAUGUAUUCAAUGAAUGUAUUCCGACUAACAUCUACAAUACGCUUGCCAAUUAAACAAUGUUCGAUACAGUUAACUAAAUAUAAAUCCACAGAUUCCAAAAAAGAGGAUUUAAAAGAAAAAAUUAGAAUGAAAACACCAAUCGGAAAAUUAGAUGAAAUUGAAGCUGGUAAACAUCCAUUUCAAGAAAAAGAGCCUUUGAAAGAAUGGCCUGAAGGCCGUAAUCCCACAACUGGAGAAAAAAAUGGCCCAAAAGGACCCGAACCAACUAGAUAUGGUGAUUGGGAGAGAAAAGGAAGAGUGACAGAUUUUUAAAUUCAACACAUAUUUAUAAUAUAAAUCAUUUGUUUAUAAUUAAAUAUCUAUAGUAGG